ACAGGGAGCAUGCUGAAGGACAGGCAGACCUUUCCCUUCCGCACUCUACAUCCUUUAACGCACCAUCUCUCAAGUCGGGAGAGUCAUCUGUUUCAUUCUGGAACCCGACCUUCCAGUGUCUGAGAUUUUUCUGCGUUUAGCUUAGCAGGCUAAGAAGCCCAAGAAUCCCCGGCAGCCCAGAUUUAUUUUCCAUCAAGGAAAACUUUCUGACUACUUUGAGAAAUCACAGAGUUCCUCUUGGCUAUAUCGUGUUGUUUUGAACUUUUUCUUUCUUGUUUUAAAUUUUACAUUUUUCUAUAUAAAUGCCAAAAGCCAUGGAGAUGAUGUGUUUCACAGAAGGCUUCUGACUUCUGAGGCUGGCCCUGAAAUGACAUGAGAGCUUCUCGGCAGAAGUCCAGGUUUACAAAACAUUUUCCAGGUACCUGCUAUCCUCAGAACCCUCUGCAGGGAUGCCCUGAAGGAUUGAAGCUCUGGCUCACUCCUUGAAACUGAGAGCAAUGGCUGAAAAGGAAAGAUAAACACCCGGGUUCCAUCUAGAAAUGGUUGAGGUUUGCCACAAUUGGCUACUGUGGCUUUUUCCAUCAAAAUUUGGUGUCUUCACGUGCUGUCCAACAUCUGCGGCAGGUCAGAUGGAGCUUAGGAAGACAAGGGAACCUAGUAAUAAACGGGUCAAACCUCUGUCCAGAGUCACAUCACUAGCAAACCUCAUCCCACCUGUGAAAACAACGCCUUUAAAGCGCUUCAGCCAAACCCUGCAGCGGUCCAUUAGCUUCCGAAGUGAGAGCCGCCCAGACAUCCUCGGCCCCCGACCCUGGUCCAGAAAUGCCUCCUCUUCAAGCACAAAGCGGAGAGACAGCAAGCUGUGGAGUGAGACCUUCGAUGUGUGCGUUAAUCAGAUGCUCACAGCCAAGGAGAUCAAACGCCAGGAGGCAAUCUUUGAGCUUUCCCAAGGAGAAGAAGACCUGAUAGAAGACUUGAAGUUAGCAAAAAAGGCCUAUCAUGAUCCCAUGCUGAAACUCUCCAUCAUGACAGAACAAGAGCUGAAUCAAAUUUUUGGAACACUGGACUCUCUAAUUCCUCUACAUGAAGAGCUCCUCAGUCAGCUUCGAGAUGUUCGGAAGCCGGAUGGCUCCACGGAACAUGUCGGUCCCAUCCUCGUGGGCUGGCUUCCUUGUCUCAGCUCCUAUGACAGCUACUGCAGUAAUCAGGUGGCUGCCAAAGCCUUAUUGGACCACAAGAAACAAGACCAUCGGGUUCAAGAUUUCCUUCAGCGCUGCUUAGAAUCCCCCUUCAGCCGCAAACUGGAUCUGUGGAAUUUCCUUGAUAUCCCAAGAAGCCGACUGGUAAAAUACCCUCUGCUUCUCCGGGAAAUCCUGAGGCACACACCAAAUGACAAUCCAGACCAGCAACACUUGGAAGAAGCUAUAAACAUUAUUCAGGGAAUUGUGGCAGAGAUCAACACCAAGACUGGCGAAUCUGAGUGCCGUUACUAUAAGGAGCGGCUUCUUUACUUGGAAGAAGGCCAGAGAGACUCUCUGAUUGACAGCUCACGAGUCUUGUGUUGUCAUGGUGAACUAAAGAACAACCGGGGUGUGAAACUCCAUGUUUUCCUGUUCCAAGAAGUGCUUGUGAUUACUCGAGCUAUCACCCACAACGAGCAGCUGUGCUACCAGCUGUACCGGCAGCCAAUUCCCGUGAAGGACCUGCUGCUGGAAGAUCUGCAAGACGGGGAAGUGAGGCUGGGCGGCUCCCUGCGUGGGGCCUUCACCAACAAUGAGAGAAUUAAAAACUUCUUCCGAGUCAGUUUCAAAAAUGGAUCCCAAAGUCAGACCCACUCAUUACAAGCUAAUGAUACCUUCAACAAGCAGCAGUGGCUCAACUGUAUUCGUCAAGCCAAAGAAACAGUUCUAUGUGCUGCCGGGCAGGCAGGGCUGCUUGACGCUGAGGGCACAUUCCUGAAUCCUGCCAGCAGGAGCAAGGAGCCACAGGGAGAAACAAAACUUGAGCAGAUGGACCAAUCGGACAGUGAGUCGGACUGCAGCAUGGACACAAGUGAGGUCAGCCUUGACUGUGAAAGGAUGGAACAGACGGACUCCUCCUGCGGAAACAGCAGGCACGUGGACGGUAAUGUCUGACGGGAGGGCACGUCCCUCACGGAAGCAGCCCUGUGUCUUACCUGUGCAGUAUUUGCAUUCCACGUACGCCACAGCCGCGGUUUGGAGAAGCACUUUUUAAUGUGUUUGUGACCGUGUUGGGCCAUUCUCUUGUAUCGGUCCCUUUGUCUCCAGUACUGUAACUGCCAAUCAAUCUGUCUGUAUCAGUGGAAACCUGGCAGCCGUUACCCUGUACUGUAUCUAACAGGUGUCUGGAUGGAUGGACAGGUACUUUCAGUUGUCCUGCUGGAUUUUAAAAAUAGAAAAAAAAAUCUAAACUACUGUCUGUGUAGAUUGCUUGAAGAGUUCUUCCCUUGUUUCUCUAGUGCUUUUCUGGCUCUUUGGUGUGGUGGCCAAAGGCAUGGAAUCCAGGGCUUUGCAAAUAGAAUUUGGGAUGGUAUUUGACAGUGAACUAGGAAAAAACCAACCACUGACAUGAAAACUUGGUUCUGUGUCACUCAAUACGAAGGCUUAGUUUGCAAAGGAGGAAGUACUGCUUGAACCUUGCAGUUUUAUGCAGUGCAAGUUUGAUGCAGUGAUCAGUCAGGACGUGAAAUAGAAGCUGGCCUUGAAAGAGCCUGAACAAGAGCAGCUGACUCCUCUGGAUCUUUAAUUAAAAUGUCUCCAAGAGGUGUCUGUCAUGGUUGAUGCCUGCCACAGAGAGCUGUUUGCAGCCUGCAGUAUAGAACCCAGAGGGUCUGGGAAAGCCUGCCAGGGUAAUCAGGAAGCCGUCUUCACUGGGUUUCAUCUGCCCGAGCCACUCGUAUCUUACUGUGUGAAUGAAGCAGUCAGGACAGGGACUGUGACCGGAUCAGUGAUUGAUUACAGAGCACACGAGUUGGGAGCAGCACGUCCUUGGUCUCCUGUGAGAACGGUUACAGAAGAAAGCCAAGGAAGUAUGGCCACAGCCUUGAGGAGGGCCACAGCUUGGGAUCUCCUAUUCUGCUUUUGGGUCAUCCAUUGCACCUCUGGCCUGUAUUGUCAUCAGAAUCACAGUUACAUUUUCCAGAAGCCAAUUUCAUCAACUGAGUAGUUAGGACCCGCUAGCCAAAUGUGUAACCUCUUUGUCCAGAUUUACAGAGCCGACUGGCUUGCAGACCUUUAAAAAAAAGUUAAAAACACACAGAAAAGCUCCCUGUGAUUGUAAAUAUUUAGAAUAACAAAAUUCUGUGCAAAAUUAUACCCACACCAGCACUAGUAGUAAUGAUUCUAAAUUAUUGCCAAAAAAGUUUUUUUUAAUUUUCUGUUUUUUCAAGUUUACAGAAAAAAAGCAGCAAGUACAAUGUCAUUUUAUUGUGUACAUAGAUCAUGUGUAUUCACAGAAGCUGUAAUGAGAGUUAAUGAUAUGAAAACAAGGUAUAGUACAUUAUUAUUUUUCAAAAGCAAAAAAAUAUUAUGGUCAAUUUUACCCUGUAAAACAUAUUUAUAGAUUUUAAACAUGGUGAAUUUUUCUAUUACAAGUUUAUUUAAAAUAUUUUGUUCCUCAAGUUAUGAUUUAGCGAAUGAAUGAACCUGCUGCAGAUAGAAGCAGACAAAAGCCUAGAAAGUUCUUCAGUGAUGGGAAGAGAAUGAAUCAUUUUUCAAAGAACCACUGGCCACUUUGGCCCGUGAAUCGAGGAGAGAAGUUUGUCGAGGGUUGGCCGGUCAGAAGGAGGGCACUGAAUGUUUCAAUGGAAUGAAUGUUUUUGUAUAAUGGCCUUAAACUUUUCUGGAAGCAUUUCAAAUAAAUUACAAUAAGAAUGUC